CGGAACGCCAUGUUGCUGUCGGCUCGGCUCUGAAACUGGCUGGAAUUUCCGUCCGUCCUUGGAGUCAGACAGAAACGCAGCACCGUGUGAUGUUUGUUUCAAACGCCUCCGCUGCAUCGUUGUCGUUGAGGUUGUGAAUGCAAGAGAAAAUCUCAUUACUUCGUCGAGAAGCACUUGAAUGAAGUGUGGAAUUUGGCCUGAAAACAGGCUUGAAACAAAAUGUUUUGAACGUGUGUGCUUUGUAAGAUGGAAAACAACCAACAGCCUCCAUUUCUGAUCAAGACUGAAGAUGAAAUGAAUGGGCCAGGGGAUGACGAGGCUGUCUCUGAUGUCGCUGAAAUGGAUAACCCUCGAUCUCCUCAGGGUGUUGACGAGUGUGGGAUGUAUGGCAUAACACGAUGCAGCCCCACUGUUGAUGUGUCUUUGGAGAGGUUAGGCAUCUGCCCUCGUCAAGACGCUGCUCAUCCGAGCUUCACAACUCUGGAAUCCCGAAUGGAGUCUUACUCAACAUGGCCAUUGCAAAUUAAACUGCGACCUGAAGAAUUAAGUGAUGCAGGCUUCUUCUACACAGGUGUUGGAGAUCGGACUAUUUGUUUCCAAUGUAGCGGUGGCUUGAAGGACUGGGAAGAAAAUGAUGAGCCUUGGAAGGAACAUGCUAGGUACUUUUCCAAGUGUACCUAUCUGAUUCAGAAGAAAGGCAGAGAUUUUAUUGAUGAAGUCCUUGGCAAAAAACCAUCUGAUGUCCGCGCUCUAUCUGAAGCUCCUCAGACUCACAUGCCAGCGGCGACUACAUCCAGCUUCAACGGCAACUCAUUAGGCCGCGAAUGCGGUAGUGAUGAAGGUAGCAGUGGCUACAGCAGUGGAGGUAGCUUUGGAGAAGAAUCUGGUUCUCAAGAGAUGCCUAGUGCUACUACAUCCAGUUUUGGUGUCCGUCAUUGCGGGAGUGAUGUAGGCAGUAGUAGUGGUUACAGCAGCGGAGGCAGUUUUGGAAUGGACUCCUCGGGUUCAGGUUCUCAUGAGUCCAAGGUAAAAAAGAGUGACGCCAAGCAACUCGAUGACCAGAGAGCUUGCAAGAUAUGUUAUGCAGAAGAAGUGGGCGUUGUCUUUCUACCUUGUGGACAUUUGGUUUCAUGUGUGAAUUGCGCACCUUCCCUCAAAACAUGUGCUGUGUGUCGGAAACCAUUUUCUGCUACUGUCAGAGCUUAUUUGUCUUGAGAGGAAUCAAUGUGUGCAUGGGUUUUUGUUCUGUGUGGUAUAUUUAGUAUUAUUUUUUUCUUUUCAAUUAUUUUCUUAUACUAGUAUUAUGGUAUUUUAAUUGCAUUAGACAAAUUGCACAUCUGCUACUUUUCUUUAUAGACUUUGUUUGCUUUACUUCUAGAUCUCAUUGUCAAUUUGUACAAUUCUCUUUAAUAAUUUGUGUUGAGUAUUCAUUUUACAUCUAUCAUGUUUCUACCAUAGUAAGAUCAAGAUCUAACAUUUUUGAAAGGAAAAUGGAGUGCUUAUGUCAUCUUUCCUUUUUAAUCAGGGUGAGGGUUACUUUAUUAUGAAUCCUCAAUUGGACCGCUUUUAUUUUUAUUUUCCCCCUAUUCUUUUUCAAUCAGGGUGAGGUUUAUUUUAAUUUAAAUCCUCAAUUAAACCCUUUUUCUUUCCAUUUUCUCCCCUAUCAACUUUUUUUUGUAUCUCCUUGUUUGAUGAAUAUUCAUAAAAUAUUCUCAGAAGCCAAAGCCUUCACAACUUUGUGAUAUUAUGUGACUGAUUAAGUUGCAGAUGUGAUUGAUAUUUUUGAACAUCUAAGUCAUAGUUGUCUAGAGUAUUUUUUGUUUCACAAAGUAAGUUGCAAAUAAAAUUGUGUAAUGGGAA